AUCACAUUCCCAGUUGACCCCAUCGCCAUUAUCUGCGGUGCGGCCGCGCACCCCAAGAGAAAACUAACCCGCCACGCUACGCCCACCGCGCCACCGUCCCACGCGGCGUCCCCCACCAACCCCUAUCCUCCGGCGACCGGGGCGGCCGCCGCGGAUGGACCGCCUCGUCGCCUUCUCCCGGCGCCGCCGCCGCUGGAUCCUCAUCGCGGCGGCGGGCGCGGCGGCGGCCGUCGGCGCGUACAAGAUCUACCACCACCCGGCCGUCGCGGCGCGGCGGCGCCGCCUCGUGCGCCUCGCCGCGGCGGUCGCUGCCUUCGCCGACGCCGCCGCCUCGUCCGCGGACGCCGCGGCGCUGGUGGCCUCCGACCUCGCCGACUUCGUUCGGUCCGACGCGGAUGAGGUCCCCCGCAGCGUCAGGCAGCUGGCCAAGCUCGCCGCCUCCCCCGAGGUCUCCGCCACCGUCUCCUCCCUGUCGGAGGCGGUGGCCUCCGGGGUACUUCGCGGCGCGGGAUCCUCUGGCGCCGCCCCCGGGUCCGCCGGCGCCGUGGCCCUCUCCGAUCGCCUCGUGGACAAGCUCUUCUCCGAAUCCGGUGAGCGGCUUGCGUCCGCGGUCGCCGGGAGCUUCGCCCGCCAUCUCGUGCUCGCCUUCUACUCCGCCCCGUCUGCUCCGGGGGAGUCGUCCUCCCCGACGAUGUGGGUCAACGUGGUCGCCACUGGAAAGUGCCGGAAAGCAAUUAGCAAUUGGGUUGAGGUCUUCGUGGGUACAGCUGUGAGGGAGUUCAUUGACAAGACCAUCCAUAUCAACACCUACGAGCAGCUCUUCGAAGGGCUCACCAAUCCGAAACAUGAUGCCAAGGUCAAGGAAUUGCUUGUUUCGGUGUGCAAUGGGGCAGUGGAGACUCUGGUGAAGACCACUCACCAUGUCCUGUACAAGACCGAUGAUAAAUUGGAUGGCAGUGGCAAUGGAAAUGGAAAUGCUGAAGGUGGGGAAGGAUGGGUGGAGACAGUGUCGAGCACGUUGGCAGUUCCUAGCAACAGGAAGUUUGUUCUUGAUGUUACUGGGAGAGUGACAUUUGAGACAGUAAGGUCAUUUCUGGAGUUUGUUCUUUGGAAGCUACAAGACGGGGCUAGGAAGGGUGGAGACACUGUGGUUGAUAAUGGGCUGCGUGUCGUGAGGUAUAUGAGCGAUAAGUCGAUGGUUAUUGCUACAAUCUGCAUUACAUUGUGCUUGCAUGUGUUGAAUGGGACUAGGCUCUUGGUAACCGCUUGAGGGUGUGUUAUGAUAGCUUGGGGGUUGUUCAACUUGCAUGAUCUAGCACAUUGCUUGUAUAAAACUAUAGGUAAUCAUAUUGAAACUGUAAACACAAAUACGAAGAAGAGUGGAAGAAGAUGAAUUGUGCUGCAAGGUUCUGGUGUACUACCUACCUGCUGGCAACCGAAUUAAUGGUUUGAGAUUGGUUUAGCACAGGGAUAUUGAGAGAAUGGUUGUUCUGUUGUACUACCUGUUGGCAACUGAAUUAACAGGAUUAUUUGGCAUUUAGAUGUGUGGUAUGCUUUGAAAAUUCUUUUAUCAGUGUAACAUCACUGGUGUAUCACGGGGAUUUCCAGCGUCUCCAGAUCAAUUGGCAUUUGGAUGUGCCAUAUGCUUUAAGAUUUUCUUAGUCAGUGUAACAUCACUGGUGUCAUGGGGAUUUCCAGUCGCUCCACUAAAUUGUGUGCUUUUGUACCUCUUGUCAUCUAUGUGUAUAGCUGAGCUUGCCUUCUCACAACAUUA